AAAGCGACGAUGCCGAUAUGGGUGGUUCUUCUUUCGCGGAUCAUAAUGAAGGAAAAGCAGACGACGAAGGUGUACCUGUCUCUGAUCCCUAUAAUAACGGGCGUCUUGUUGGCCACUGUCACGGAACUUUCCUUUGACAUGUGGGGACUCAUCAGUGCACUCGCUGCUACUCUGUGUUUUUCACUCCAGAACAUCUUCUCAAAGAAGGUGUUACGAGAUUCCCGAAUACAUCAUCUUCGGUUGCUGAACAUCCUUGGGUGCCACGCUGUGUUCUUCAUGAUCCCAACGUGGGUUCUGGUAGAUCUUUCUUCCUUCUUAGUAGAGAAUGACUUGAGCACGAUGUCUCAUUGGUCCUGGACUUUGAUGCUGCUUAUAAUCAGUGGAUUCUGUAAUUUUGCCCAGAAUGUCAUUGCCUUCAGUAUUCUUAACCUGAUCAGCCCCCUAAGUUACUCUGUCGCGAACGCCACAAAAAGAAUCAUGGUUAUCACAGUGUCCCUUAUCAUGCUCCGCAAUCCGGUUACCAGCACCAAUGUCCUUGGAAUGAUGACGGCUAUCUUGGGGGUCUUUCUCUAUAACAAAACAAAAUACGAUGCAAACCAAGAAGCAAAGAAGCAGCUACUUCCAGUUACAACUGGAGACCUUGUCAAUUUGGAGCGGCAUCGAAACACUCCUGAAAAGUCUCAGAACGGACUUGCGGCCUUUGCACCGCACGGCGACUAUCAGUACGGUCGAACCAAUAUCUUAACAGACCACUUCCAGUACAGUCGGCAAAACUAUCCAACCAGCUACAACUUAAAUCGUUUUGAUAUUUAG